AUGAAGGUCACCAUCUGGGUUUCCUCUGUCCUCGAGCAAGGCAUCAAACCCCAAACACGUCCUAUGAUCUGGCGUGUCACCGUCGUCAUGGUGAUGCUGCUCGACGUCGCCCAGUUGCAGGCCGCGUUGAACCCUGCGCUGGAAGACGUCGUCCCUUCCCGGGAAGCCGUCCGACCUCCUGACAUCAGAGAGGUCCGAACCUCGCCGUCCUCCUCCCCCGUGUUCGCCGAGCACGCCAACCUCCGGUGGGCGACGUGGGGCGGCCGCCUCCCGAGCGGCGCCGUCGCCGUCUUCAACGGCUACGCCGGACGCACGGACUACGUGUGCAAGGUCAACUGCGAGGCCGGCUUCUACUCGCCGGGCCAAGAAGGCGGCGACUUCUGCCGCUACCCGUACGCCGACAAAGAGUACGCGUCCUCUGAGUUCGAGAUGCUGAUCAACGUGGACCAAUUUGAGUUCCUGGAGUGGGUCGAGGGUUCGUACGGGUCGGUGCCGAGCUACGCCGUCAAAACCUGCCCCGACGCCGACAUCUUCGUGGGCAAGAACAAGUACGGCCUCGGCAAAGUGGUGGUCCAACACAAGGCCUUCUUCCUGCCCUGGGAGGGCGAUGAGUACUGGUACAAGAGCUACCAGGUCCUGGCCGUCAGCCGCGACGGCUACAGCCAGCACGUGUCCCACGUGGAGUACGGCGUGGACCAGAUGGAGCUCUUCCACCACCCCCCCGAGGCCUUGCAGCUCGCCAAGGUCACCAACCUGGAGUGCCGAGACGUGCAGAAGACGGUGAGGCUGGAGAAGACCAGCUCGGUGGAGAAGACCUGGGACAUCGGCCGGGUGACCCGCAACGGCACCGUGUCCACCAUGAAGGCCAAGGUGCCGAUACUCAGCCCGGGCGACGUGGACUUCACCAAGGAGCAGACGGUGACCUUCUCCGAGGGCACCAGCGUGACGGAGUCCGUGGGUCAUGCCGUCUCCGUGAAGCUGCUGGUGCCGCCCAACCACUCGUGCGCCGUGAGGAUGGACGGCAGGAAGAUGACUGCAGACAUUCCGUUCACCGGCCGGCUGAGCCGGACCAACCGCGACGGAGACACACGCUGGACGUUCAUCACGGGCGUGUACGACGGCAUGAGCGUGGGCGAGAUCAACACCGUGGUGGAGAGGUGCCGGCCGGUGGCGGACGCCGUGCCCUGUCCGUCGGCUCAAGGCUGA